AUGUCCAGAAAUACAUCAAAGAAAACAAAUUUGACAAGGAUUUCAUCUACAAUGCAGAUGAAACGGGCAUUAACUGGGAAAGCUUUACCAUCGAAGUCCUUGGUGUCUCAACGUGAGGCAGCAGCUCCAGGAUACAAAUUAAGUAAAGACCGAGUAACAGUUAUGGUAUGCGCAAAUGCUACCGGUACUCAUAAAAUUCCGUUACUUUUGAUUGGAAAGUCUAAAAAUCCACGUUGCUUUAAAAAUGUGAAAAUUCCAUUGACGUACAAAAGUCAAAAAAAUGCAUGGAUGAACGCCGAUUUGUUCGUAGAAUGGUUUCAACACACAUUUGUUCCUGAAGUGAAACAAUUUCAGCAAAAUAUAGGAAAAGAAGCAAAGUUUUACUUUUGUUAG